UCUUGGUCUGCAGCUGCUGUCCAAUAACCAGCCAUGAUCCUCCAGACUGCUGUUCUCACUGUGUUCCUCUACUCUGUUCACAGUUUUACUAUACAGGCUUCUUUUGAAAAGAGUGAUGAAUACUCUGGCAACACCAUUGAGGAUGAUGACUUCAGUGUCUCCACACUGAUAGAGAAGGCCAAUGCUAACAUUGGAAAGAACUUGAAUGAGCCUCUAGUGAUGUUUGGAGACAUAGCAGUGCCAACAGGUCUACAGAACGCUGAUCCCUGCACAUCUCGAGGCUGUCUGUGGCCUAAAGCCAGUGAUGGCAACGUCUACGUGCCAUUCCGCAUUUCCAGCGUUUACUCCCGAAGAGAGAGAAAUAGAAUAAUCCGAGGUCUGCAGUCAUUUGCCCAGUCCACCUGCAUCCGCUUCAUCCCCUUAGACAGACAGAGGGACUUUGUGGACAUCCAGAGUCGCUCAGGGUGUUACUCAUUUGUCGGGCGUCGUGGUAACGACCAGACGGUGUCUUUGAGUCGCAGGGGCUGUGUCUUCCAGUCAGUCAUCCAACACGAGCUGCUCCAUGCCCUGGGCUUCAACCAUGAACAGACCCGCUCUGACAGGGAUGAGCAUGUUCGCAUCCUGCUCCAGAAUGUCAUUCCCGGAAUGGAGCAUAAUUUCAGGAAGAUCAGAACAAGGAACCUUGGCACUCCCUAUGACUACAACUCUGUCAUGCACUAUGGAAGGUUUGCUUUCUCUAGGAACAGGGAGCCAACCAUCGUCCCCAUCCCUGACAACAAUGUAGUCAUUGGCAGGGCCAGCCAGAUGAGUCCUACUGACAUCCUCCGGGUGAAUCGCCUUUAUCGAUGCAAUUCAACUGCUUCCAGACCUGACCUGGAACCCGUGCAAAGAAACCAUUUCCUUUAGAAAUGAAAGAAAUCAAGAGGAGAGGAGGAAGAUUGAUGCAGCUUUUAUCUACAAGCAAAGCCAGAAAUUAAUCUUGUGCUUACUGAACAUGCUUUAACUAAAUUCGAAAUUUGACUAAAUUCACUUUUGUGCUGCUGAGAACUGAAAAGUAUUUACUUUUUAAACUUACAUGAAGGACUGCUUGUAAGCUUGAUGGAAUGCUAAAAAUGAUUAAAAAGAUAUUUUCGCA